AUCCUUUCCUCCCUCCAGAAAUUUUUCCCCAAUGAGCGAGAACAGUCAGUCCUCGACGGACACGGCUCUCUCGUCGAAUGACGCCACGACGCCCACACACAACCACAAUGAGAAAGGGAAAGGAGAAGGGGACGAGUGUCUGGAAAAUGGCCCAACGUCGAGCACUUCUCUCACCAACAACAUCCCCGCAUCACCCGCUGUCAGCCAUACAGGAAGUCUUUCAGAAGCCUCGCCACGGAAACGAGCGAGAAAGCAAUUGUUACAUGCAAAUGAAGAGCUUAAAGACAAUGUGUCUUCGUCUGAUGAGGAGCUGGACAACAGCACGACGCCGCACCGCGGCAGGGAGGAGGCCGUGCGGGAACACAGCAACAAACAGAAGGAAGUCAAAGGAGAAUUCACAGACGAGGAUGGCGUGCGGUGGGUGGCCAACAAACCAAAGCCGACGUACGUCCUCAUCCAGCCCGACUGCAUCAACAGCAAGACCCGGCACAACCACUUCACCCGCUACUCCGACGUCAAACCCAAAGAUGAGAGGAGACCGACAGUGAAUGAGCUUUCCAAUCAAAGAGGAAUUAUGCAGAAAGUGAACGGCUGGAAACUUUAUUUCUCAGCCUCGCAGCUGGAGGAGUUGAUGGAGGUGGAGAAGGACAUGGAGGCCCAGUUUGCCGAGGUCCAGGCAGCGCUGUCCAAACUGCCCAGCCACAAGAUCCCCGGUGAGGAGGCCGUCAAAAUCCACGAAAUGUCUCAGGCCAACAUCCAGCGCUGCCAGCUGAUCCAGAACCAGCUGACGGAGGCUCGCCUCUCCAUGAUCAAGACGCUGGAGCACAAGCCGCGCAUACAGGAGAUUGUCAACAAGCACAUGAGCAAACGACCCAUCAAGAAGAAGGAGAGGACAUAACCCCGCCUCCCGGCCACACACACACACAGACCCACAUCCUCCCCCGCCCCGCCACUCCCUCCUCUUUUCACCGGCCCCGCCCCCGCCACUACGCCGCCCUUCCUUCCACUCCCUCAUAUUUCCGCCACCCUUCCACAACCACACCCCCCACUUUCCUGUCACCGUGAUGCCGUACUUCCAUCUCUUCCACCUCGCCACUCCCCACUUUCUAGUCUCCCCUCCACACCCCCACUCUCCUGUCUCACCAACCUCACCCCGUUCCAGCUAAGAGGGCGUGGCUAGUCGUGUGAUGUCGACAGGUCCCGCCCCUCGUCAGGAUGCGGUGUGUCCUUUGCUGCUUCUUCUUUGCAGCACGGAUGAAAAGGAAAAGGAUGAGUUCGGAUCUUCUUUGUGGCACGGAUGAAAGGGAUAAUGGACAAGAGGGAGUGGCCCCCGAGUGUGAGGAAUGGAUGGUGUUUACCUCCCCUCCGGAGGUCGGUCGUUGUCUCGUGUGGACGGCCUGAUCAACGCUUCUCUCCUGUCCUCCAUCCAUCCUCUACAACUUCCUCUUCCAAAAGGGAAAAAAAAAACCCUCUCUGGCUUUGUGGUGAAACAGAAAGUGUAUGUUUGUUCACUGAAUGUAGGUUUGGGUGUUACACAUGUGUGUGUGUGUGUGUUUGUAUACGGUGUGUGUGUGCGCUUGUUGUUAAUGGUUGUAUGUGUAAUUUUGCUUUUCACUGAUAACCGGUGCCUGUGUGUGUGUGUGUUGGUGCGUGAAUGUGUGUGUGUGUUGGUGCGUGCGUGUGCGCUGGUAAGGCUCUACGCUGUUUUGCGCAGAAGUGAGUUUGAAUCUAGUUGAGUGUGUAACGACGUGGGUGUGUUGAUAGAUGAGUAUAUUACGUUGUGUAUAUAAUGAAAGUGUGUGUAUAGACGAAUGUGUAAUUAUGGUGGAGUGAGUAAAGAGUGAGUAUUGAUAAUGAUUGUGUAUAGACAAGUGUGUAAUGAUGCUAGAGUGUCCAUAGGCGGGCGCGUGUUAUGAAUGGCGUUGGUGCAUGCGUGCUUGUGUGCGUGCCUGUGUGUGUGCGCGUGUGUGUGCGCGUGCCUGUGUGUGUGCGCGUGUUGGAGUGUGCCCCUGUACCCCUCAUUCCUCUCCCUGCCAAUAGGUGCACACAUGACAGCAAUGCAAUGUUUAUGCAAUUUUUAACUUUGAGUAUUUUAAGAAAGUCUGAUGUAUCUUCCUUUGUUCACUUCAAUAAGAGCAAAGACGGUGAGUUAUGAUGAUAAAAGUCGGCAUUCUCUGAA